AUGUUAUACACGAGCAUCACCAAUUCUCGUUUAGCCGUUCUCCGCCCACUCGAGAGGCCGCACCGGCCGUCUCAGAGCAUGUUUCAAGACAUGAGGGUAUAUAAACCUGCGCUGAGGAUGCACAAGUCACCAGUGUUCGUCGCCAUGUUCGCAGCGUCUGUCACAUUAGGCAUCGUCGCCGGUGCUGUAACCGGCGCUGUCGCUAGUCGAAUCCCAGACCGCACUCGCGUGCUCGCUCCGCGCUCCUCUUCAUCUGGCACUGGGCUAAAGACAUGGUCCAUCGCAUCAGCCUCAUCUGCAUCGGAUGGCUCGAUAGACAGCCUAAGCAACACCUUCGACAAUUGGUAUCUCGCGAACAUCACCAUCGGCGGGUCCGAGGUCACCGUUCAACUUGAUACGGGAUCUACGGAUCUCGUUCUUUUCUCAGAUCAACCCAUCGAUAUAAUCAACGUGAUACCAAACUCAUAUGUCAACGAUACAUACGGAACUGGUUGGUUUGACGGACCCAUUGCUACAGCAAAGCUCGAAUUCGGUGGAUACACCGUUGAAUCUCAGGCAUUCCUGAACGGUACAUCGGUUAACGAGUGGAACAUCGAGGUCAUGUUACCCUUAGGGAUCAGAGGGAUCAUGGGAAUCGCAGUCGACUCCGAAUCGACAUCGGGGAUCAUCUAUGAAUUGGACAACUUGUACGAGUCGCAGCCGGGAAAAGCAGAAGAGAUCGGCCGCAACGUGAUCGCCAACGUCUUCGAGCAAAAUGCCGGACUUGGCAAUUUCACAGUUGUGUCACUUGGCCGCACUGACGAUGGCGAAGGCACUGGGGAAGGUUCUUUGGCGAUCGGGGAAUACCCCGAGGGCCUUGAGAACCAGUUCGCCCAGACCAGUGCUGUAGAUGCUUUCACCCCUGGAGCUGCACGCUGGACCGUCCCCGUGGAUGCUAUGGCGGUGAACAGCAAGACGCUUGCUCUCGAAUCCGCGAUACAGGGAGCACCCUCUGGCAAAGCUAUAGCGCUCAUCGACACGGGAACAUCGAAGGCGAUGGUGUCUCAGGCAGUUCUGAGCGCGAUGUACAGCGGUAUUCCCGAUGCAUGGUACAGUACUGGGCUCGGUGUUUGGGUCGUCCCAUGCACAGCUGAUGCUCCUAAUAUCACGGUCACCAUCGGCGGUCGGGCAUACUACAUUCACCCCCUUGAUCUCACCGAUAUUCGAACUGCCCAAGAUUUCACCUUCUGCACGUCAAGCUUCAGCAUUCUCGGCUUCGACCAGAGCGCUUUCGACUUCAUAUUAGGCGACACUUUCAUGCGGAACGUUUACACAUACUUCUACUAUGGCGACUUUGACGAAACCGGGACCAUAGUCGAUUCUCCGUCCAUCAAACUGGUGACAUCAUCCCACGGCGUGGACGCAGACUACGCCGACUACUCGAUCCGUCGUCGGCAGAAUCUGGCAUCUUUUCCUCCUGAAGGUACCAAAGCGCAGAUACAGCAAGCAUUCCCCCAGACGGGACCCGGCAGCAGCGAGGCAUCCGUUUCUGAUGCUGCUGCGUCGCAAAGCGUCGACCCAUACCAAGCGUUCGUCGAUAAGCUUGACGGAUUCGCCCCCGUCGUCAUUGGCCUACUUGGCGCCAUACUUGUCGUCCUGUUGGGUCUUUUGGGUGUAGGCGUCGCGAUUUGCAUCCGACGAGGCCGAGUUGUAGGCGCUGGGCGUUCAGUAAACUACACGCCGGUGCCGAUACGCUUCAAGGAACCUGAAGGGGAGUACAAGGACGACGUAAACGUUCGGUAUAAUCAGUAA